AUGUACGGUACUGCCACCGGCCCUCAAACGGGCGUCUCAACACCACGAUCCUCAUCAUCUCUGCGACCACUCGUUCUCUCACAUGGCUCAUUAGAGCAUUCAUUUUUGAUACCCACAAAUAUUCAUUUCCAAGCUUCUCAGAUCAAAGACCGUUUUCUGGCUUCCCUUCCCGAGCCAACGGACGAACUCGCACAAGAUGACGAGCCUUCGUCUGUGGCCGAGCUUGUUGCCCGAUAUUUGGGGUUUGUAGCACAAGAAGUUGAUGAGGGAGAAGACGAUGCGCAAGGAUCAUAUGAAGAGGUUUUGAAACUCGUUCUGAACGAAUUCGAACGUGGUUUCUUGAGAGGCAAUGAGGCUCACGCUUUGGUUGCCACUCUUCCUGGAAUUGAUGCAAAGAAACUCAAGGUAGUCGAAUCCUACUAUGCUGCGCGUGCAGCUAGCAAUAGGCCAAUUCGCCCUCACGAAUCAGCAUUGUUUAGAGCAGCUAGCGACGACGAAGCCAAGAUUUAUAAUGUUUUUGGUGGACAAGGAAAUAUCGAAGAAUACUUUGAUGAGCUUCGGGAACUGUAUAGCACAUAUGCAGUCUUUGUAGAGGAUUUAAUCACCGAAUCUGCAGAACUGCUGCAGAGUCUAUCGAAGGAUCCCAGAGCCGAGAAAUUAUAUCCAAAGGGUUUGGACAUUAUGUCUUGGCUUCAUGAUCCUGAGUCCACUCCAGAUCUUGAUUAUUUGGUUUCUGCACCAGUCAGUUUCCCACUGAUUGGUUUGGUACAGCUCUGUCAUUAUGCUGUGACCUGCAGAGUUUUGGGACUUACUCCUGGCCAAUUCAGAGACAGGAUUAGUGGAACAACUGGUCACUCUCAAGGUGUUGUUUUGGCUGCUGCUACGUCUGCUGCAGACUCGUGGGAAUCAUUCGACAAGGUCGCAGUUUCAGCUCUUACAAUCUUGUUCUGGAUUGGAUCCCGCAGUCAGCAGACAUUCCCAAGAACUUCUCUCGCACCCAAUAUUCUCCAGGACUCCGUAGAUAAUGGCGAAGGAACACCCACCCCUAUGUUGAGCAUCCGUGAUUUAUCGCAAGCUCAAGUUCAGGAACAUAUCGACGCAACCAACAAAUAUCUUCCAGAAGAUAGACAAAUCGCCAUUUCUCUGAUCAACAGUGCUAGAAACAUGGUUGUUUCAGGACCUCCAAUUUCUCUGUAUGGUCUUAACCUUCAAUUACGUAAAGUCAAGGCUCCAACUGGUCUCGACCAGACCAAAAUUCCGUUCACAGAGCGCAAAGUUAGAUUUGUAAACAGAUUCUUGCCAAUCACAUCACCUUUUCACAGCAAAUAUCUUGCUGAAGCUACAAACCAUAUCAACGAAGAUCUAAAGGACGUCAAGAUUGAUAGCAAAGCAUUGGGCAUUCCUGUCUACGACACUAAUACUGGAAAGGACAUCCGGGAUGAUAUUCAGGGCAAUAUUGUGCCAACUUUGGUGCGUUUGAUUACCCACGAUACUGUUGAGUGGGAAAAGGCUACAGUUUUCCCAAAUGCAACUCACGUUCUUGAUUUCGGCCCUGGUGGUGUAUCUGGUCUCGGCGUUUUGACCAGCCGCAACAAGGAUGGAACCGGCGUUCGUGUUAUCCUAGCUGGCACAGUCAGUGGUACCGUUCCAGAGGUCGGCUACAAGCCCGAGCUUUUCGAUCGUGAUGAGGAACACGCCGUCAAAUAUGCAGUUGAUUGGGUAAAGGAGCAUGGUCCCAAAUUGGUCAAGACCUCUGCCGGUCAGACAUUUGUGGACACAAAGAUGAGUCGAAUCUUGGGAGUUCCCCCUGUCAUGGUUGCUGGUAUGACACCAUGUACUGUUCCUUGGGAUUUCGUUGCUGCGACCAUGAACGCCGGUUAUCAAAUUGAGUUGGCUGGAGGUGGAUACUACAAUGCCAAAACUAUGACCGAAGCGUUGAGAAAGAUUGAGAAUGCCAUUCCAGCUGGUCGUGGUAUUACUGUCAACCUUAUCUACGUCAACCCACGGGCUAUGCAAUGGCAAAUUCCACUCCUCGGGCAAUUACGUGCAGAAGGUGUACCAAUCGAAGGUCUCACAAUUGGUGCUGGUGUACCUUCCAUCGAGGUGGCACAAGAAUAUAUUGAAACUCUUGGCUUAAAACAUAUCGCAUUCAAGCCAGGAUCCAUGGACGCCAUUCAAGCUGUUAUCAACAUUGCAAAGGCCAACCCAACUUUCCCAGUCAUUCUUCAAUGGACUGGAGGACGUGGAGGCGGACAUCACUCCUUUGAGGAUUUCCAUCAACCAAUUCUCUCAAUGUACUCGCGCAUCAGAAGACAGGAGAACGUUCUCUUGGUCGCAGGCAGUGGUUUCGGUGGCGCAGAAGACACUUAUCCUUAUCUCACCGGUGCAUGGUCAAAGAAUUAUGGCUACCCCCCAAUGCCAUUCGAUGGAUGCCUCUUUGGUAGUCGUGUAAUGACAGCCAAGGAAGCAUAUACCAGCAAAAAUGCCAAGAAAGCCAUCACUGAAGCUGAAGGUCUUGAUGAUGCCGCAUGGGAGAAGACCUACAAGGGCCCUGCGGGUGGUGUUAUUACUGUUCGAUCUGAAAUGGGUGAGCCAAUUCACAAAUUGGCAACUCGUGGUGUUAAAUUCUGGGCUGAGAUGGAUGCCAAGAUCUUCAGUUUACCAAAGGAAAAGCGAGUACCUGAGUUGAAGAAAAACCGUGAUUACAUCAUCAAGAAGCUGAAUGACGAUUUCCAAAAGGUUUGGUUUGGACGAAACAAAGCUGGGGAAACAGUCGAUCUUGAAGACAUGACAUAUGGUGAAGUUGUUCGCAGAAUGGUAGAUUUGAUGUAUGUCAAGCACGAGUCCCGCUGGAUCGACAAAUCAUACAUUAAGCUCACUGGUGACUUCAUUCGCCGUGUUGAGGAGCGUUUCACAACUGGUUCAGGACAGCCAUCCAAACUCCAAUCUUACGCAGAUUUGGAAGAUCCUUACCCAGCUGUGGAAAAGAUCCUAGCCGCUUAUCCAGAAUCGGAGAAACAGCUCAUCAACGCUCAAGAUGUUCAGCACUUCCUUAUGCUUUGCCAGCGUAGAGGUCAAAAGCCAACUACUUUCGUGCCAUCUCUUGACGAGAACUUUGAGUUCUUCUUCAAGAAAGAUUCUCUUUGGCAAUCUGAAGAUCUCGAGGCUGUCAUCGGUCAAGAUGUAGGCAGAACCUGUAUCUUGCAAGGUCCAAUGGCUGUCAAAUACUCAAAGGUUGUCGAUGAGCCAAUCAAGGAAAUUCUCGACGGUGUUCACAACGCACACAUUAAGUUUUUGACCCAAGAUAUCUACGGUGGAGAUGAAUCCUCUAUCCCAGUGCUUGAAUACUUUGGUGGCAAGCUCAUUGAAACUGAGGAGGAGGUCGACGUUGAAGGUCUCACAAUUUCGGAAGAUGCUGACAAGACCACUUACCGAUUGUCAUACUCUCCCACUGCCGUUCUACCAUCUCUCGAGGCUUGGCUCUCAUUGCUUGCAGGCCGUAAGAGAUCUUGGCGACAUGCUCUCUUCACUUCAGAGGUAUUUGUUCAAGGACAAAAAUUCCAAACAAACCCAAUGAAACGAAUCUUCUCUCCUGUCAAGGGUCUUUUUGUUGAGAUCGCUUAUCCUAACGAUCCUUCAAAGACCGUAAUCACCGUCAAGGAGCAACCUAGACCAAAUCACUACGUUACAGUCAUUGACGUGAAACUGGUUGGCAAGAACGAGAUCUUGGUCAACAUGAUCAAGGACACAACUGCUGUCGGCAAGCCAGUAUCUCUUCCAUUGAAGUUCACAUACCACCCCGAGGCUGGUUAUGCUCCAAUUCGCGAAGUCAUGGAUGAUAGAAAUGACCGUAUCAAGGAAUUCUACUGGCGAGCCUGGUUCGGUGGUGAGACUCUCGACCUCGACGCUUCCGUCACUGGCAUCUUCAAUGGUGGUAAGGCUACCAUCACCAGUGAAGCUAUCAACGACUUUGUUCACGCUGUUGGAAAUACUGGAGAAGCUUUCGUUGACCGACCUGGUAAGGAGGUUUUCGCUCCUAUGGACUUUGCUAUCGUUGUUGGAUGGAAGGCCAUCACCAAGCCAAUCUUCCCUAGAACAAUCGAUGGUGAUCUUCUCAAACUCGUGCAUCUUUCUAACGGGUUCCGCAUGAUCCCUGGAGCUGAGCCAUUGAAGAAGGGUGACGAAGUCGAAACUACAGCCCAGAUCAAUGCUGUUCUUAACCAAGACUCUGGUAAGAUGGUCGAGGUGUGCGGUACUAUUACCAGAGAAGGCAAACCAGUAAUGGAGGUUACUUCACAAUUCUUGUACAGAGGUGCAUACACCGAUUUUGAGAACACCUUCCAGCGCAAGACUGAGACACCCAUGCAAAUCCAUCUUGCUACCUCGAAGGACGUUGCUGUCCUCAGAUCUAAGGAAUGGUUCAACUUGGAUGAGCCAGAUCACGAGUUACUUGGUCAAACCUUGACUUUCCGUCUCGAGAGUCUUGUCCGCUUCAAGAACAAGACCGUUUUCUCAAGUGUUGAGACUAGGGGUCAAGUUUUGUUGGAGCUUCCAACCAAGGAGAUCAUCCAAGUUGCGAGCGUCGAGUACGAAGCUGGCGUGUCUCAUGGUAACCCAGUCAUUGAUUACCUUGAGCGUCAUGGAUCUUCAAUUGAACAGCCAAUUAACUUCGAGAACCCCAUCCCUCUCAAUGGAAAGACUCCUCUCUCUCUCAGAGCACCAACAUCCAACGAAACCUAUGCUCGUGUUUCGGGUGAUUAUAACCCUAUCCACGUUUCUCGUGUCUUUUCUAGCUACGCAAACCUGCCUGGUACUAUCACCCAUGGUAUGUACUCAAGUGCAGCUGUUCGCAGCUUAGUCGAGACCUGGGCUGCAGAGAACCACGUUGGUCGUGUUCGCAGUUUCCAUGCUCAACUGACAGGUAUGGUUCUUCCAAACGAUGAUAUUGAAGUCAAGUUGCAACAUGUCGGUAUGGUUGCUGGUCGUAAGAUCAUCAAGGUUGAGGCUAGCAACAAGGAGACUGAAGAUAAGGUCUUACUUGGUGAGGCCGAAGUCGAACAACCAGUCUCAGCCUAUGUGUUCACUGGUCAAGGUUCUCAAGAACAAGGUAUGGGUAUGGAGUUGUAUGCUAGCAGUCCUGUUGCCAAGGAAGUAUGGGAUCGUGCCGACAAGCAUUUCAUGGACAACUAUGGUUUCGCCAUCACCAACAUUGUCAAGAACAACCCCAAGGAACUCACUAUUCACUUUGGUGGUCCUCGUGGUAAGGCAAUUCGUCAAAACUAUAUGUCUAUGACUUUCGAAACUGUCGGUGCCGAUGGUUCCAUCAAAUCUGAGAAGAUGUUCAAGGAAGUUGACGAACGUACUACAUCCUACACCUACAGAUCACCAACUGGUCUUCUCUCCGCCACUCAAUUCACACAACCCGCCUUGACAUUGAUGGAGAAGGCAAGUUUCGAAGACAUGCGCUCCAAGGGUCUUGUUCAACGUGAUAGCAGUUUCGCUGGUCACUCCCUCGGAGAAUAUUCUGCCCUUGCUGCUUUGGCAGAUGUCAUGCCAAUUGAGAGUUUGGUUUCUGUCGUCUUCUACCGAGGUUUGACUAUGCAAGUCGCUGUCGAACGUGAUGCCUCUGGGAGAUCCAACUACUCUAUGUGUGCUGUCAACCCUAGCAGAAUUUCCAAGACCUUCAACGAAGAAGCCCUUCAAUAUGUUGUUGCAAACAUUGCUGAAGAAACCAGUUGGUUAUUGGAAAUCGUCAACUACAACAUUGCCAACAUGCAAUACGUUUGUGCUGGUGAUCUCAGAGCUCUUGACACUCUCACUGGUGUGACCAACUAUCUCAAAGCUCAAAAAAUUGACAUUCAAGAGCUCAUGCAGACCUUGAGUCUCGAUGAUGUCAAAGCACAUCUUGUCGAAAUCAUCCGCGAAUGUGCUAAACAAACCGAAGCCAAGCCCAAACCCCUUGAUCUCCAAAGAGGUUUCGCUACCAUCCCUCUCAAGGGUAUUGACGUACCUUUCCACUCCACAUUCUUGAGAAGUGGAGUCAAGCCAUUCAGAAGUUUCUUGCUCAAGAAGAUUAACAAGACAACUAUCGAUCCUAGCAAAUUGAUUGGAAAAUACAUUCCUAACGUUACAGCUAGACCUUUCGAAUUGACUAAGGAAUAUUUCGAGGAUGUUUAUCGUUUGACUAAUAGUCCAAAGAUUGGUAAUGUGUUGGCUAAUUGGGAUAAAUACCAAGAUGGUUAUGAGGAACCUAGUGGGGAUGAGGUGGAGGCAGAGACAAACGGUGUUAAUGGAACUCAUUAA